CCUUGACCAAUUUGACUUUAAGACGGAUCGAUCAGAUGUCUAGCAGCUACUAUCCCGACGAGGUACACACUCGCAGACCGUCUUCGGGCACCCCCAUUAGUCCAGACCAACGGUCGCGGCGCGUCAAACGGCGCACAGGCUGCGAGCAAUGCAAGAAGCGAAGGGUCAAGUGCGACGAACACAAGCCGCGGUGUUCUCGGUGUGUCAGUCGGAAUGAAACCUGCACGGGGAAUUUCCAGUACGACAAAUGGCAGGUUGAGCGGCCAUGGCUGGCCAAAGACCCGCAGCGCGACUUGUUCAGCCGUGCAGGCUUUCUGGAGAACGAACUGCUCCAGUACUGGUUUGAGCACUGCAGCUUGAUUAUGGGCGUCGUGCCACCGUCGCAGAACCCCCUCUCCUACAGCAUUUCCCCCUAUAUCAAACGCUCCAAAGCCUUGCGGCAUGCGAUUCAGUAUCUGAGCUGUGCCCAUCGCCUCGACUUCGCCCAGGCACAGCUGGCCCAGGUUCUGGAGGAAAGACACAAGGCUUUGGUCUCCCUGCAGCUCGAGAUCGAACACACCCAGCUCCUUUCAAACCCCGACAUUCAUUUUCAAACCAUCUUCCUCUGUUCUCUGAUUCUCGGCAUUUCCUCCAGCUGGAUCGAUGCAGGGACCCCGGACAUUGGCCUCCAGCACCUGCUCGGGGCUCGCCAGGUAUUGCCCCUACUGCUGCGGUCAGAGACCAACACCGAUCUCACUCAUUACCUUCUCGGCCUUUACAUCUAUUGGGAGGCCUUUACAUCCUACCUGCUACCCGCACCGCUCCAGAGUAGCCCGUGGCUGAAUCCACAAUUAGCUGUUUUCUAUCCGAUGCUCGAUAACCUCACGCACCCGGUGACAGGUAUCGCCACCAGCCUGUACCCCGUCCUUGCCGAAGUCGGCCAAUACUACCGCCGGCUGGUAGAUGUAGGAGAGGCUGAUCCCGCGCACGAGAAUUAUCUAGAGACACGGCUACAGAAAUGGAAAUUUCCCGGCCCAGACGGUGAAGCAGACGAAGAAGAAGAGAACAAGAACGCGCCACCCCUGGCCGAGAUCGCAAGAGCCUACAGAUCUGCCGGACUUAUCAUGCUCCUUCAAGCAAAGUCGGUUCUACGUCCACUAGACGGAGUCGAAGAGGUGCGACUCAGGAUCCAUAUCUUGGAAGCUAUGCACGCCAUCACCCGCAUUCCUACAAAUAGCCCGCUUCUAAACUCCGAAGGACCGUUGCUGAUUAUUGUGGGCUCUGAACUGGGCGCUGCUGAUGUCGAGUACAAGACGCUUGUUGAAUGUCGCAUACAGGAGCUUGUCCGGUAUACGAGACUGGGCGUUUACACUCGUGGGCUGGAACUUGUAAAGGAGGUCUGGAGGCUACGGGAGGAGGAAAAUAUAGAAAUCACUUGGCUUGAAUUAAUGGUCAGGGAGGGGGUGGACUUGACAUUGACAUGAGCAAGGAAUAUAUAUAUAUAAGCACCCAGUUCCCUGCCAGUCCCAGAAGAUUUGUAUUCGCCGAAUGGGAUCCCAUAGUGGAGCCACAAGGGAAAUUAAUCCAGACCAUGCCCGGCUAAUAUGGGCGCAUGAUACCAUUACCAAGACAACGGCGGUGGCUAGAGCGUUAGACGGAGCGUUUGCUUUCUGAAUUGCUUCGUCCUCUGAGGAGGAUUUGCUGACGGCGACGACUGGACCGAAGAUCUCCUCGCGGAACAUAGCCAUUUUUUCUGCGGUAGCUUUCUCUAACCCCUUUUAUAUGUAUCUUUUCCUUUCUCUUUCUG